CUUGACUGCAAAAGCUUUGCUUCUCUAAACAGCAGAGACAGUCUUUGUGCUCAACACCAGGGACCAGUAUUCCAGUAUUUGCUUCCAUUGCCACGCAAUGUUUCCCAGUACCUCUCUGCCUACCCACACACUCCAGUCUUUGAAGAAUGACCAGGCAACAGAGGUGAACAUCAGUGCCAACUUGGAUAUUGUGAGCAUCAUCCUCUACACGCUGACUAUUGUUCUCGGUCUCACUGGGAACUCUGUGGUGAUCUGGGUGGCUGGAUUCAGACUUAAGCCGACCGUCACCAACGUGUGGUUGGUCAAUCUGGCGAUAGCAGACCUGAUCUUCUGCUUCACACGAAUCUUCUCUCUUGUUAAGAAGCUCUUAUUUGACUACUGGCCUUUUGGCCUGUUUCUCUGCAAGUUCGACGGCUUCUUCAAAUAUGCCAACAUGUUCUGCUCUGUCUUCCUGCUGGCUGUGAUCAGUCUGGAUCGAGUGCUCUGCAUCUGGCAGCCUAUCUUCACAAAGCGUCGACGCACGCUGUGGGCAGCAAGGGUGGUGGCUGUCUGCGUCUGGAUUGCCGCGAUCCUCUUCAGCAUUCCCUACUUCAUCCAUCGCCAAGUCUACAUAGGCAAGAAUAACCUGAGUCAGUGCUCUGUGGACACAAAAGAGAAGGCCGAGGGGUACAACAGCACCAAAGUUGUUCUCUAUUUCAUUCGCUUUCUCUGUGGCUUCAUAUUUCCCUUCAUCGUGAUUCUGGUCUGUUACAUCCUGGCUGGGGUGGGAAUCCAACAAACUCGCCUCCCAGGGAAGUCCCGCCCCCUGCGUAUUCUAGUAUGUUUAGUAAUUGCCUUCUUCCUAUGUUGGGCACCUUACCAUUGCCUCUUACUGAUGAAGAUGGUGGACAGAAAGAAUGCAGUGGUGAAAAUCUGGUACUCUGUAGCAAAGAGCAUUGCCUACUUUAACAGCUGUAUAAACCCGUUGUUGUAUUUCUGCAUGGGUCUAAAAGUAAGAGGCCGGUUCAGACAGAAUCUGAUGGGUGUUUAUAGCAGAGCUCUGGGAGAUGAUGUAGAUGAACAAGACAACUCAGUUCAAUGAUUGUUCUAGCUAGAUUAAACCUCUGGGUUGAAACAUAGCAUUCUUUUAGUAGCACUUAGAGUCUAGACAGCUGAGAGUGUAGCUCAAGUGUAAGUUACUGUGAGUGAAGCUCAGAAGACUAACCAUAUCAUGUUUUAGCCCAUGUGCAGGAUAGAAUACUUCUAAUAAUACUGCCUAAGUAUAAUGUAAAUAAUAAAAAUCAAGGUCUAGCAGGACA